AUGGUCGGGGACAGAGAGGGGGAAGGGGUCGGAGUCCGAUGGGAGUUGGAAGGAGAACAGGCGGAAGCCCCCACGAGGGAAGUUCGCUUUCCCAAGGCUUCUCCCCCUUUGCCCCCAAAUUUGCCUUUACAAUUACAGCAGAGACCCCAUUCGAGAAGUAUGACUUCGCUUCCGCCGGAGCCUUUCAUGAUAAUGCGUUCGAAAGCUUUAAAUCGUCGCGUGAACAUCAACGUCGGCGGAGUCAAACACGAAGUUCUUUGGCGAACGCUCGAACGUUUGCCCCACACGCGGUUGGGGCGACUUCGCGAUUGCAACACGCACGAAGCUAUAACGGAACUGUGCGACGAUUAUUCCCUUGUAGAUAACGAAUACUUUUUCGAUAGGCACCCGAAAUCCUUCAGCUCAAUACUUAAUUUUUACAGAACGGGAAAACUUCAUUUGGUGGACGAAAUGUGCGUGUUAGCAUUUAGCGACGAUCUCGAAUAUUGGGGAGUCGACGAAUUGUAUUUGGAAUCGUGUUGUCAGCAUAAGUACCAUCAAAGGAAAGAACACGUUCACGAGGAAAUGAGAAAAGAAGCGGAAUCUCUUCGGCAGAGGGAAGAAGAAGAAUUCGGAGAUGGAAAAUGUGCGCAAUACCAAAAAUGGCUGUGGGACUUGUUAGAAAAACCGACAACUUCGAUCGCCGCAAGGGUGAUCGCCGUUAUAUCGAUUUUGUUCAUUGUUCUGAGUACGAUAGCGUUAACCCUGAACACGAUACCAGCAUUGCAAGUUAACGAACCCGAGGGUGGUCCUAGUCAAGACAACCCUCAGCUAGCGAUGGUCGAAGCGAUUUGCAUAACAUGGUUUACGAUGGAAUACAUGCUCAGGUUUUCGGCGUCGCCGGAUAAGUGGAAAUUCUUCAAAGGCGGACUUAAUAUAAUUGAUCUUUUAGCCAUACUUCCGUAUUUCGUUUCGUUCCUUGUCGAAGCCAACAAAAACGGAACUCAUCCGGGAACGGAUCAGUUUCAGGACGUCCGAAGGGUCGUUCAAAUAUUUCGUAUAAUGAGGAUAUUGCGUAUAUUGAAACUCGCUCGUCACUCGACGGGGUUGCAAAGUUUGGGUUUCACACUUAGGAACUCGUAUAAGGAACUCGGGUUGCUGAUGUUGUUUCUCGCGAUGGGAGUACUCAUAUUUUCAAGUUUAGCUUAUUUCGCGGAAAAAGAAGAACACAAUACGAAAUUUAGCAGCAUACCGGAAACGUUUUGGUGGGCCAUGAUAACCAUGACCACCGUCGGCUACGGUGACAUAUGUCCGACGACCGCGUUAGGGAAAGUUAUCGGGAGCGUUUGUUGCAUUUGUGGCGUUUUGGUCAUCGCUCUGCCCAUUCCAAUUAUUGUUAAUAAUUUCGCCGAGUUUUACAAAAAUCAAAUGAGAAGAGAAAAAGCAUUGAAAAGGCGGGAAGCAUUGGAAAGAGCCAAAAGAGAAGGGAGCAUUGUUUCUUUUCACCACAUCAACCUCAGGGACGCUUUCGCCAAGAGCAUGGAUCUCAUUGACGUCAUCGUGGACACAGGUUAG